AUGUCGAAUAUUAUAGAUCCACCGGGGUGGGAUUAUGACGGUGAUCUAAAUUUCACCGGCAUGCCACCUACAGAUGAAGAUUUCAGUCCCUGUAGGCUAGAGACUGAGACACUCAACAAGUAUGUUGUGAUUGUCACCUAUGCCCUAAUGUUCCUGCUGAGCCUGCUGGGAAACUCCCUUGUGAUGCUGGUCAUCUUAUACAGCAGGGUUGGCCGCUCCGUCACUGAUGUCUACCUGCUGAACCGGGUGUUGGCCGACCUACUCUUUGCUCUGACCUUGCCCAUCUGGGCCGCCUCCAAGGUGAAUGGCUGGAUUUUUGGCACAUUCCUGUGCAAGGUGGUCUCACUCCUGAAGGAAGUCAACUUCUACAGUGGCAUCCUGCUAUUGGCCUGCAUCAGUGUGGACUGUUACCUGGCCAUUGUCCAUGCCACACGCACACUGACCCAGAAGCGUCACUUGGUCAAGUUUGUUUGUGUCGGCUGCUAGGGACUGUCAAUGAUUCUGUCCCUGCCCUUCUUCCUUUUCCGCCAGGCUUAUCAUCCAAACAAUUCCAGUCCAGUUUGCUAUGAGGUCCUGGGAAAUGACACAGCAAAAUGGCGGAUGGUGUUGCAGAUCCUGCCUCACACCUUUGGCUUCAUCGUGCCGCUGUUUGUCAUGCUGUUCUGCUAUGGAUUCACCCUGCGUACACUGUUUAAGGCCCACAUGGGGCAGAAGCACCGGGCCAUGCGGGUCGUCUUUGCUGUCGUCCUCAUAUUCCUGCUCUGCUGGCUGCCCUACAACCUGGUCCUAUUCACAGACAACCUCAUGAGGACCCAGUUGAUCGAGGAGAGCUGUGAGUGCCGCAACGACAUCGGCCAGGCCCUGGAUGCCACCGAGAUUCUGGGAUUUUUCCAUAGCUGCCUCAACCCCAUCAUCUAUGCCUUCAUCGGACAAAAUUUUCGCCAUGGAUUCCUCAAGAUCCUGGCCAUGCAUGGCCUGGUCAGCAAGGAGUUCCUGGCACGUCAUCAUGUUACCUCCUACACUUCUUCGUCUGUCAAUGUCUCUUCCAACCUCUGA